AUGACUAAACACACAGGAGACAAGCCUUUCAUGUGUGGGGAGUGCGGAUACAGGACGACUGACGUGUCUUACUUAACCAUACAUAUGAGAAAACAUACAGGUGAGAAACCCUUUAGGUGUGAUCACUGCGACUAUUCUGCUGCACAGAAAAGCAACUUAGACCAACACAUGGUUCGACACACCGGACUUACCAAGGGCAAACCCUGCUCAACUGCGCAGAAAGGUACUUUAGAUCGACACAUGACUGAAGACGACGGAGAGAAACCCUUCAAGUGUGGGGAGUGCGGAUACAGAACUGUUCGCAAGUCUUCCUUAGUCACACAUAUGAAACGACAUGCAGGUGUGAAACCUUAUAAAUGUGACCAGUGCGACUAUUCUGCUCUAGAGAAACACAGAUUAGACCAACACAUGUCUAGACACACCGGCGAAAAACCCUACAUGUGUGGGGAAUGCGGAUACAGAACGGCUUACCAGAGUGACUUAAACAUACAUAUGAGAACACAUACAGGUGCGAAACCUUACAAGUGUGACCAAUGCGACUAUUCUGUCACAGACAAAGGGUAUUUAAAGCAACACGUGGUCACGCACGCUCCUUGA